AUGAAUGACGACGAGGGAGCCAGGAUUAGACAAUUACUGGACGAGACUUUGUCAGAGGAUGAUAUAGUUCACGAAAAUAGUGAGGAUGAAGAGGACCAGUUAGAAAUAGAUGUAUUUGAGGAUACAGACGAUACAGAUGCUGACCCAAAUUUUGAAGUAGACAAGCAGAGUGAUGUUUCGGAUGAUGAUGAAGAUGAUGACUUUUCUCGUAGGAGGCAACGAAAAAAGCAACGACUUGACUACAAUAUACUACCAUGUACAUCAACACCACGAACUGUCACACAACUAGCCUCCACACCACGACCUGCCUCAGCACCAGCCGCCACACCACAAGCUUUCACGCCACCAGCCGCCACACCACGAGCUGUUACACCACAAGGCACCACACCACGAGCUGUUACACCACAGGACACUACAUCACAAGCUGUCACGCCACCAGCAGCCACACCACCGGCUAGAGGAAUUUUAGUAAACUCUGCAGCAUGCAAAGAUAACCACUUAACAACAAGAGAACUCUUUGAUAAUGAAUGGAGUGGUUGUCGAUACAAGUGUGUGAUGAACAGUGAACGUUUUGAGUUCAUUUUGAACUGCCUUCGUUUCGACGAUAGAGAAACGCGUUUGGAGCGUCAACGAGGUGAUCCGUUUGCACCCAUACGAGAGUUAUGGGAUGAUUUUGUUCUAAACUGUAAGACAAAAUAUAGACCAGGCUCGUACGUAACUGUUGACGAACAGUUAUUGGGAUUCAGGGGAAAAUGUCCCUUUAGAAUGUACAUCCCAAACAAACCUUCCAAGUAUGGAAUAAAAAUAGUUAUGGCGUGUGAUACAACCACUAAAUACAUGAUCAAUGGAAUUCCCUAUGUUGGUAAAAAAACUCAAACCGGAGGGCAACCACUUGCAGAAUUCUUUGUAAAAGAAAUUACGAGACCAAUUCAUGGUACAAACAGAAGUGUCACUAUGGACAAUUGGUUCACUAGUGUCAGCCUGGCCGAAGAUUUGCUAAGAGACCCAUACAACUUGACCUUAGUCGGUACCAUACGUGCAAACAGAAAAGGUGUCCCUUCUGAACUGAUGAACAAAAAGGAAAGACCUGUGAACACUUCGUUAUUUUUGUUUGAUAGGGAAAAAACACUUGUGUCGUACAAACCAAAAAAGAACAAAGUCGUUCUCCUCCUCUCAACCAUGCAUGAAGGUAACCAUAUCAACGACGAAACACAUAAGCCAGAUAUAAUUCAUACUUACAAUGAAACGAAAGGAGGAGUCGAUGCCAUGGACCAAUUGUGUAACAACAUGUCAUGCAGUAGGAAGACCCAACGCUGGCCAUUAGCUGUGUUCUUUGGCAUUAUGAAUAUUAGCUUUGUAAAUUCAUAUGUGAUAUAUUGCACAAACAAUCUUGAAAAAGGAAAUCAACCUGCCAAUAGAAGAACCUUCAUGAAAGAACUAUUUAUGGACCUUAGUAGACCUCACAUGCAGAACCGCCUCCAGAUACCGAGCCUUAGACGAGGACUGCGCACGAUGAUUUGUGGCGUUCUAGGAAUCCCUGACAAUCCCGGCGCUGCCCCACCUCCAGAAGCCACUAAUGGAAGUAUUGCCAGCAUACAUAACGAUUUUGACUUUGUAUGUGAGUUCUUGGAGAUCAUAACAGUAAAUCAGGAAGAGAAGAGGUCGCAGAAUAGAUCCCUGCGGCACUCCAGAAUGCCGCCAAAAAAGAAACCAAAGUUUGCCUACAAACACGAAGACCUUCUACUUGCAUUGGAUGAUGUUAAAAAGGGUGAAAGCAUCAAUUCUGCCAGCAAGCGCUUUGGAAUCCCACAAUCAACUCUAUCAUUACAAGGUAUCUGGUAA